UCUCUUCUAAAAGCGCUAUGGGGCAAUAUAGCUACAGUUAAUCCUCUUCAUCAUCUGCUUCGCCCGCCUCAUCUAUAAAUUCUCGUGACCGUCGAAGCGGAAAGUUUGGCAUUCCUAAGAGUUGCAAUUGUGGUGAUCGAAUGGUUUUGGAAACAGUCCAGAGUGCUGAGGGAGGCCACUUGUUCUAUAAGUGUGAAAAUUAUUUUGACGGUGGUCUUCAUCUCAUCAAGUCGUGGGAAAAAGCUGUGGUCGAUGAAAUUCACGAUCUCCAGGUGAAGAACUAUGAGCACGAAGACAGAAUUGCAUACCUCACUAGAGGACCUGAUGGUGAGUGCGUUGAACCAAGUAUGCAGUGGGCUGAGCUAAAAUUCCUUGGCGAAGAAAUGAAAGAACUACAACAACUUGUACGUUCAAUAUUGUACACAGAGCGAAUGGAAGAGCUCGUAGGCAAUUCCAGUGGUGCACAAUCCUCUUCCAGAUGGACCAACAAUAUCAUAAACGUUGCCAUUGCGUUCCUCCUAUUCGUUCUUCUUUUAACCAUGGUUUAUUCUGCAUUUAAAUAAGGAAACUUUCUCUGUUCUUGUUAAAGCGUCUUCUAUUUUUAUGUCUACUACUGUGAUCUUUGUGGAAAGAACAAGUUGUCCACUUGUUCAGUUGUUCACUUGUAAUCGUCUACUAUAUUAA